CCCCACCAGUUCUUCUUUCGUCAGUCUCCCUCCCCCAAUUCCUCCUCUCUCUCUUCUCUCUCCAGAACACAGAGUCCUUCUCUCACACCACCAUUUACUCACACACAUCUCUCUACAUUCUUAUGAGUUUCGUUAGAUAGAGGGGAGAGAGAAUCAGAGAACCCACACAUAGACAACCAUUUGUUCUUCAACUACCGGAAAACAGAAGAAGACUUUGGCUUAUACUUUGUAUUAUACUACUACUUGCAUUUGCAGGAAGAAGAGUAAUCGAUGUUGAAGACAUUGUUACUUCACCUGCUUUUAUUCUUCUUCUUCUUCUUCUUCUUAAUCACCUCCGUCGCCGGUAGCUUAUCGAUAUGCAACUGCGACGACGACGAGGACAGCUUCUUCACCUUCGAGGCAAUCCUCCAAUCCCAAAAAGCCGGCGACUUCCUAAUAGCAAUCGCCUACUUCUCCAUCCCCAUCGAGCUCCUCUACUUCGUCAGCCGCACCAACGUCCCUUCCCCUUACAACUGGGUCGUCUGCGAGUUCAUCGCCUUCAUCGUCCUCUGCGGCAUGACCCACCUCCUCUCCGGCUUCACCUACGGUCCUCCUCCUCACCGGGCCUGGAUCGCGACGGCAGUCACCGUCUUCAAGAUGCUGACCGGGAUCGUCUCCUUCCUCACGGCGAUCUCGCUUGUAACUCUCUUGCCUCUGCUUUUGAAAGCAAAGGUGAGAGAGUUUAUGCUGAGCAAGAAGACGAGAGAGCUUGGUCGCGAGGUUGGGAUCAUAAUGAAACAGACUGAGACGAGUUUGCAUGUCCGUAUGGUUACGAGUAAGAUAAGGACGUCUCUGGAUAGGCACACGAUACUGUACACCACGCUUGUGGAGUUGUCGAAGACUCUGGGGUUGAAGAACUGCGCGGUUUGGAUACCUAACGAGAUCAAGACGGAGAUGAAUCUUACUCACGAGCUGAGACCGGGGCUGGGUGAUGACAGUGUGGGUGGUGUCAGUGGUGGUUGUGGUUAUAAUCGGUUUUCGAUACCGAUUACUGAGUCUGACGUUGUGAGGAUUAAGAGAAGCGAGGAGGUGAAUAUGUUGAACUCCGGGUCUCCGCUUGCCUCGGUGACUAGCCGAGGCAAGCUAGGAGGCCAGACGGUUGGGAUCAGAGUCCCGAUGCUUCGUGUUUGUAACUUCAAAGGCGGGACGCCCGAGGCGAUCCACAUGUGCUACGCGAUCUUGGUAUGCGUGCUCCCCUCGCGGAGCUGGACUUACCAGGAGCUCGAGAUAGUUAAGGUCGUUGCUGAUCAAGUCGCGGUGGCUAUCUCACACGCGGUGAUCCUCGAGGAGUCUCAGCUGAUGAGGGAGAAGCUGGCCGAGCAGAACCGUGCUCUUCAGGUGGCGAGGGAGAACGCGCUGAGAGCUAACCAGGCCAAAGCUGAGUUCGAGGGGAUGAUGAAGGAUGCGAUGAGGCGUCCUGUGCGGUCCAUCCUAGGCCUUUUGCCUGUGAUAACGCGAGACGGGGGAUUACGGGAGGACCAAAAGGUAAUCGUCGAUGCGAUGGGGAGAACCAGCGAGCUGUUGUUACACUUAGUGAACAAUGCUGGGGAUGUAACGCGUCCUGGUGGUGGAGAGACGCAUUGUUUCAGUUUGCGUUGUGUUGUGAAGGAAACGGCUUGCUUGGCGAAGUGUUUAUGCGUGGGGAACGGUUUUGGUUUCUCUACGGAAGUUGAUAGAGCGUUGCCUGAUUACGUCGUGGGCGAUGGUAAAAAGGUGUUUCAAGUGGUUCUGCAUAUGCUAGGAGGUUUGGUAUUGAACCGGGAGAUCAAAGGGAAUGUGACUUUCUUGGUUUCACUAGAAAGCAGUGGAAACUCGGAAGUGGAUAGCCAAGAAGCGGUUUGGCGGCAAUGCUAUUCGAAAGAAUACAUCAAAGUUAAAUUCGGAUUCGAGGUAGAGACUACUACUACUAGUAGUAGUUUCAACAUCAGUGAAGAUACCGUGAAGGUAAUGCAAGGGAACAUUAGAGUGGUGGAGGAUGGUUCAGGUCUGGUGAAAAGCCUCUCUGUUGUCUUCAGGUUUCAUCUCCGGCGAUCUAUGCUGUCACAAGGCGGUGGAUAUUCUGGAGAAACUAUUAGAACAGCAACUCCUCCAUCUACUAGUAACGAUCAUUGGCGUCAGGAAGAGAUCAGACAAGGGCUUGAUUCUGAAAAUUUGUAUUAAAAAUGGUAGGGGUUAACUGAAGACGGUUGUAUAAACCUGAAAAAUUAACUAGGUUUAUGAAACCUAUCCCAUGUAGACUUGUUACAUGUUAGAUAACACAAUUAAAAGAAGUUAUUUGUGUCGGAGGAUGUCUCUCUUCUCUUUCUUUCUGUUAUUGUCACAUCCUUGAACGUUUGAAAGAAGAAAAAGGAUUAAGAUUCACAAUC